AAAAACGGACAUUUGGUCAAUGUCUGAUCCUCCCUCAGUUUUGCUGAUGUUUUAACAGAGAUCUUCAUGACUCGAAGAUCAGUUGGUCUUAAAUUUAUUAUUUAGAAAUACUGUGAAGUAAAAAAAUAAUGGUAUCACUUCGAUCCCUGGAGGUGUUCAAGGAUGGAGGGGGCUUGGAGUAACCUGGCUUAGUGGAGGGUGUCCCUGCCCAUGGCAGGGGUGGGACAAGAUGGGCUUUAAGGUCCCUUUCAAUCAAAACCAUUCUGUGAUCUCAUAUUCUGUAGUUAUGUGGGGUUUUUGGUUUGUGAGGUUUCUUUUUUUUUUUUUUUUUUUUUUAAUCCUUCCAGGUGUUAUUUAACGGCUAGAAAUUACAAUUCUCAAAACCCGGCACCAAUAACUUUCUUUUAAGAACUGGGAGAUUUUCACUGUUUUAAAUAGGAAAAGGUUGCUUUGAUAAAACUGCAUUUCCCAUAGUGCACAAGGGCUUUCAGGGCUGGGUCAGCUGAUCGAGACACUGAAAUGUUCUUGAUUUCCUGUGCAGUGCAUGGAAAUGUGCGAGCGGCUCAUCUUCCCUUCGUCAGGUGAUUGAGAGGCCGGGGAGCGCAGUUGUGAUUUCUACAAUGACAAGGAGCCGAGCCGAUUAACCUGCUCGAUAUCGGGAAAGCCUUUAUCUCCCUUUGGGAGAAAGGGAUGUCGUGAAAUAACACUGCACUCAGCCCUGGGAGCUUCAUGGGAACAGGUAGAGGAAAUCUUGGCCUUUGCCUUUUUACCAGAUUUUUUUUUCUUUUUUAAGUUACCGAUUUUGUUGCACAUUAUUUAAAAGGGUUACCAAGGCUCUGGAUUAAUUGAUAUUUUCUAGCAGCUAAUAAAUAAUCCUAAGUAAUCAUUAUUUUUGAAGCUUACUUGCUUUUAUUCUUUUAUUUCUUUAUUUAUUUUAGCAGAAGUUAAGAGGAAACUUUUAAAAGAAAAAAGAGUUUUUCCAAACUGAAGCUGAGGACUUGGGAACAAUACACAAAAUGUCUUCGGAAGGAAAAAAGCUUUUCAACAUCAUUAUUUUGGGAGUCUCAUUUAUGUUUAUAUUCACUGCUUUCCAAUCCUGUGGAAAUAUCGCGCAAACUGUUAUCACGAAUUUAAACAACACAGACUUUCAUGGCAGUGGCUACACGAGCAUGUCCAUUAUUUAUGGAGUAUUGUCUGCAUCAAAUCUUAUAUCACCUUCACUGGUUGCAAUAGUGGGUCCUCAAUUCUCCAUGGUUGUUAGUGGUGUGUUUUAUAGCCUAUACAUUGCAGUCUUUAUCCAACCAGCUACAUGGGCUUUCUACACUGCCUCUGUGCUUAUUGGCAUUGCAGCUGCUGUCCUCUGGACAGCCCAGGGAAAUUGCUUGACUGAAAAUUCUGAUGAAAACACCAUUGGAAGGAACAGUGGAAUAUUUUGGGCACUCCUACAGUUCAGCUUGAUUUUUGGAAAUUUGUAUAUAUACCUUGCUUGGCAAGGAAAAACUCACAUAUCAGAGAGCGAUCGCAGAACUGUCUUCAUUGCUCUGACUGUUAUCAGUCUUGUGGGCACAGUUCUGUUCUUUCUGAUUAGGAAACAAGAGGACACAAAAGCUCCAGGGGAUGAUGAUUCCACUAAUGAACAAGUAAUUUGUUUACCUAGGUCUGCACGAAACAAAAUGAUGAGAGCAGUGGCUGCCUUCAAGAAAUCUAUUACACUGAGCUUCACCAAAGAGAUGCUGCUUCUCAGUGUUACCACAGCCUACACAGGUUUGGUGUUAACAUUCUUUUCUGGAGUGUAUGGAACAUGCAUUGGUGCUGUGAAUAGGUUUGGCAGUGAAGAGAAAAGCCUGAUUGGUCUCUCUGGUAUUUUUAUUGGUGUUGGAGAAAUCUUGGGGGGAGGAAUCUUUGGCUUGCUGAGCAAGAAGAAUCGCUCUGGCAGGAACCCAGUGGUGAUGUUGGGCAUCCUUGUACACUUCAUAGCCUUUUAUUUAAUUUUUUUCAACAUGCCAAAUGAUGCCCCCAUUGCUCCCAUGGAAGGAACAGAUCAAGUUGCUUAUAUGAUUCCAAGCAAAGAGGUGGCCAUGCUCUGCAGCUUCCUGCUGGGGCUAGGGGACAGCUGCUUCAACACCCAGCUCCUCAGUAUUUUGGGAUUCCUGUAUUCAGAGGACAGUGCUCCUGCCUUUGCCAUCUUUAAGUUUGUGCAGUCCAUCUGUGCUGCAGUUGCCUAUUUCUACAGCAACUACUUCCUGCUGCAGUGGCAGCUCCUGAUCAUGGUGCUCGUGGGCUUUUUUGGAACAAUCACCUUCUUCACCGUGGAGUGGGGAGCAGCAGCAGCCCUUGCUGCCCGUGGCACAGACUACAGCAGCAUCUGA